CUUUUUGUUUUGUGAUCUUGUUGAUUUGUAACGAAAAUGGCUACCACUCGUUAUCAGGACAAUUCCAAAAUUACCUGACCGGUUUUAGCCGUAGAAACUAUUAAGGAAAAUGUUUGCUAGUGGUAGUCGAAAGCAAAGAGAUUCUACAAUCGAACAAGAAUUGUACUUUCUGAUUGAGAGGUUUUUGUCGACUGGACCAUGUAAGAGUGCCGCUACAGUUUUACGCAGGGAAUUGGACGAACAUGGGCUGCUACCCAAAAGAAUUGACUGGGAAGGAAGAGAACAUGAAAGAAGUUUUGAAAGUUUGCUGGAGCUUAAUAAACAUAUUGGAUGUGAUCAUUUACUGAAAAUAUGUCAGCGUUUAGGACCCCUAAUGGACGAGAAAGUCCGGCCCAACAUUAUGGGAGUAAAGUCUCUGUUGGGUGCCGGCAGCCAGUCAUUAUUGCGCACACAGCUAGAUAUGAAGAAAUUGUCAUGGCAACCACAAGCUCAUUCGGCAUUGCAGCAUGGCUGUUCUGUAUAUCCCCCAGUAAACUUAGUCCCACCUAAAUGGCAAACUAUUCAUCGUGGCCGAGAGCUGACAGGCAGAACACAUUUAGGUCAUGUGAUUCCAACGUGCAUGUAUACACGAAUACAACAACAUAGUCGGAAGCUUGGUCAUCUUUCUGCUGUAUAUUGUGCUUUGUUUGAUCGUACUGGACAAUACAUCUUCACUGCAGCUGAUGACGCCCUUGUGAAAAUCUGGUGGGUAUUUGACAGUCGUUUGAAGGCGACCAUGAGGGGUCAUGCAGGGGAGAUUACUGAUAUGGCCAUUAAUUACGAGAAUACCCUCCUGGCAUCAGGUAGUUGUGAUAAAACUGUCCGUGUAUGGUGUCUAAAGUCUUGUGCACCUGCUGCCGUGUUAUUAGGACAUACUGGGAUGAUUACAUCACUUCAGUUUUCACCAAUGGUGAAAGGAAAUAGACGUUAUCUCGCGUCCACUGGUGGAGAUGCUUGCGUCUGCUUCUGGGAAUGGAAUGUCACUGAUAAUUCUUUUAAUGCUAGACCAGUGAAAUAUAUAGAGAAAUCUCGAGCAGGUGCACAGGUUUUAUGCUCUUCAUUUAGUCCAGGUGGAAUGUUCUUUGCCGCAGGAAGUACUGACAAUGUUAUACGCAUGUACCAUUUUCACACAGGGUACCCGGAGAAGAUAGGAGAACUUGAAAAACAUACGGAUCGUGUAGAUAGCAUUACUUAUGCCAACAAUGACAACAGAUUUUUGAGUGGUAGUAAAGAUGGUACGGCGUGUAUCUGGAAGUUUGAGAGGAACGAGUGGCGUAGUUUAGUCCUAGAUAUGAACCUUAUAGCACCAAAAAGGGAAAAUGACAGUGACGAUGAAGAAGAAGAGAAGAAAAAAGCUAAAAAUAAAACACGUAAUGACAAUAAUGACGAUGAUGAACUAGAUGAAGACGGUAAACCACAGAAGUUAAAAGUUACGAUGGUUGGAUGGAAUAUUGACGAUACUCUAGUGAUGACUGCGAUCAACGAUCACUCACUAAAAGUCUGGUGCUCGUUUACCGGAAAAUUGCUGUACAGACUUAGGGGCCAUAAUGAGGAAGUGUUUGUAUUGGAGCCUAAUCCAAUAGAUGCACGCAUCAUGAUGAGUGCCGGACAUGAUGGUUGUAUCUUUAUUUGGGAUGUCAUCAAAGGUCGACAAGUCAAAAGAUUUUUCAAUCGAAUUGAAGGUCAAGGUCAUGGUGCUGUGUUUGAUUGUAAAUUCUCACCGGAUGGAACAAUGUUCACAGCUACAGAUUCUCAUGGACAGAUGAUGAUUUAUGGAUAUGGGGAGAAUGAAAGGUGUAACAAGCUUCCAGAUCAACUGUUUUUCCAUACCGACUACCGUCCACUCAUUAGAGACUCGAACAACUAUGUCCUGGAUGAGCAGACACAGCAGGCACCGCACCUGAUGCCAUCCCCAUUCCUAGUGGACAUUGAUGGCAACCCAUACCCACCAAUCAUGCAGAGGCUCGUACCUGGUCGAGAAAACUGCCGAGAUGACCAGCUUAUACCAGAAGUUGCUGUCAAUGAAGAAGGUGAGCAAGAGGUAAUGGGUGAUCGUGUACCUGAACCAGCAGAGGAACACGCAGCAGAAGCCAGAGUAGAACCGGAACCAGGCCCUAUUACUGAACAUGAGAGUAAUGAACCGGGUACCAGUGGUGAGGUACAGCCUAAUAUACGUGCCAGUAUAGAUCAGAUGAUCGAACAGUUGGCACGGGAACAAGAUCAGCGACUUGCUGCACGUGGGGAGAUACCACUAAGCUCGCCACCUCCACAGAUGAGAUCACCAAGAGCAGGACCUUCUAGGUUGAAUUCAGUAACAGGAACGAGUGGUUCACACAUGGUUGGUAUGAGAAGAGUUGGCGAGACAGAGGGAGUACGGCAGUCGCUAGGCAACAUUUUACAAGUGUCCACAUCAAAAGAUCUAGUUGCUCUCAGUAGACGCAUGGUCAUACGAGGAAUGGACCCUGCUGUUCUUAAAAAAAGCGAGGAAAAACGAAUAGCUCAUGCCGAAAUUGAGGUGCGGCAAUACAUACUGGAGAAAAGAAAGAAGAAUCUGGUAGUUAGACGAGACAGUUCUGAUGAACCUAGUGAUACGGGAAUUCAGACCCGCAAGAAAAAGAAGAGGUCAAGUAAGCGCGGAUAUUCUGCGCGCGCGGGAGCGGACAACGAGGAUGCUGUGACAAAUCGUCUGACAAGGCGAGCUCUUUAUGAUACAGAUGAAGAGGUAGAAGAUGAAAUAGGUUCUGAUAUGUGGGAGGAGGACACUUAUCUUGACCUGGAUGAUUCCAGUGAAUACUCAGAUUGGUGCGUAGAAACCAGCAUCAACCUCGAACCGCCAAAAAGGAAAUCAACAAGGUCGAGGAAACGUAAACGAUACACGUCGUCUGAGAUUUCCGAAGAUGAGGAGUCGACACCUAGAGGGAGUCGUGAACAAACACCUGGCAGUCGAGAAGGAAGUCAGCCCCGAGGCAAAGCACCAAAGAAACAAGAUAAACAAGCUGCAAAAAAAGUGAAGAGAAAGCAAAGAGGAAAGCAAAAGCAGACGGCCCAUGAAGCAGCCGCUUUACCCGGAAAAUCACCAGAAGAGAUUCAAGAACUGCUGAGAAUAUUCCGUCCCCCUGAUUGGCUGACAGAUGUUGUACCACGUAAACAGCCGUAUUUCCCGCAGAUGGGCGAUGAAGUUAUUUAUUUCCGUCAAGGUCAUGAGUUUUAUGUGAAAGAGGUUGCCAGACGUAAGGUUUAUCAUCUAGACCCGAACAAAAAUCAGGCGUGGCAUAAAUAUCCCAGACUUAGGGAGCAGGAGUUGGUUCGGAUAGUUGGUAUAAGGUACGAGAUGUUGAAAUGUGGUGUACGAUUAUGUUGUCUGAAACUCAACUACAUUGACCCAUCUACCUUGAAAAAUACGGGCGGAUCUUUCAGUAUAAAAUACCAUGACAUGCCAGAUGUGGUGGAUUUUCUAGUGCUCAAACAAAACUAUGACAUUGCCAUGUCUAGAAACUGGAAACCAGGUGACAGAUUCCGUUCAGUGAUAGAUGACUCAUGGUGGAUAGGUGUUAUAGAGGCUCAGAUUCCAUACCAGAAAGAAUACCCAGACUGUAUGUUCCAGUGCUUCAAAGUCAGAUGGGACAAUUCUGAGAAAGAGAACCUGAGCCCCUGGGAUAUGGAACCAUUUACUGAUAGUUGGUUAAAAACUGUAGAGUUAAACCCCGACUCUAUGCAUGCCAAAAUUAAGGAUUUCAUUGCCGAUUGUAUCAAGCUCUUUAAUCACAACAAGGAAAAGAAAACUGGCAUAAGUGACCUUUAUAAGGAGGUCAUGGUCAAAGCAUGCAGUGAGCUCAAGGUCAAAAAGAAAAUUAAAGUUGACCUUAAGCGACUUAACUGUGGAGACACUUGUACAUUGAAAGCCAUUGGAAAACCUCGUGAAUUGAAUGGUAGUAUUAAAAUUACUGCGGAGGAGAGGAAGUCAUUCAUGUACAAACCGAAAUCUGGCGAGUGGCCUGGUGGUGAUAUAGAGGAAGAGUGUGAUAGAAUAGUUCACGGCUGGGAUCAGGUGAUGGAACAUUCCAUAGCAGAACCUUUUCUAACACCAGUGGAUAUAAACGUGUUCCCUAGUUAUGCCAUGUCUAUAGAGUAUCCUAUGGAUCUGAACACCAUUAAACGUCGUCUGGAGAACAGAUUUUAUAGGAGGGUUACAGCUUUACAGUUUGAUCUGAGAUAUAUUGAAUCUAAUGCCAAGAAGUUCAACGAGCCGAAAUCACAGAUAGUAAAGAGUGCUCAGAUAUUGUGUGAUGCUUUGCUCAAUUUUAUUGGUGACAGGAACAGUACAGAUGCAUGUCGUAUGAUAAACAAGAUGGUUCAUGGUCGUAAUAUACAGUUGAGCUCAGAUUCCGAGGACAGCGGUGAGGAGACAGAAGAUUAUGAUACUCCGGGUACCUCUACCAGCAAGAAAAAAUCAAAUGAGCCAGCUGCCAAGUCUGCCAGUGGGUCACGGAAGCAUCGGCUAUCAGUUCUAGGUUUGAAUCCGGAUGGCUGGAAAGUAGAAUGUAAGAAACUUCUUGAGACCAUUGUACAAUGCGAGGACUCCGAACCAUUCCGUCAACCUGUAGAUAUCAACAUCUAUACUGAUUAUUACAAUGUUAUUGAAUAUCCGAUGGAUUUGAGCAUUGUAAGAGAGAACUUGGAGUAUGGUAACUACAAGACACCACAGCAGUUUGCCAAAGAUAUGUCGCUGAUAUUCUCCAAUUCAAAGACGUAUAACACCAACAAGCGCGCCAAGGUAAGAUAACUCUACUAGUGGUUUU